ACUCAAACACCUCUUUGACCUCAGCAAAAUCGAGAAUUGAAGCUUCAGCAAAGCUCACCACAACGCCGCAAAUAUGCCGAAAUUCUUUUGCGACUACUGCGAUGUUUACCUCACGCACGACUCCAUGAGCGUGCGCAAAGCGCAUAACACGGGCCGCAACCACCUGCGCAACGUCGUCGACUACUACCAACAAAUCGGCCACGAGAAAGCCCAAUCAGUAAUCGACUCCAUCACCUCCUCCUACGCCGCCGAAGGACAAUCAGCCUCAAACCCCAUGCUCGCCCACCCCCCCGGAGGCCCUUCCUUCGGCGGGGCACCUCCGCCAUUCGGCCGCGGCAUGCCACCCACGCUCCCCAACGGCAUGCCCGUUCCAUUCCCUCCCCCCGGGGGCCUACCAUUUCCUCCUCCCGGUGGACCCGGCGCUCUCCCCUUCCCACCACCCGGGGGUUUCCCAGCGGGCAUGCCAUUCCCCCCUCCUGGAGGACCGGGUGGGCUCCCCUUCCCGCCGCCGCCCGGAGGGUUUCCAGCGGGGAUGCCGCCGUUGCCGCCGAAUUUCCAGUUUCCGGCUGGGGGAGUGCCGCCGCCGGGAGGAUUCCCAGGAUUCCCACCGCCACAACAGGGUGGGGGGUUUCCGCCGCUGCUGCAGGGGGGUGGUAGUCAGGGACCGCCGGAUCAUCAGAGGGGAGGGGAUCAGAGGGAUGCGAGGUUGCAGGGACGGGAUGCGUUUAGUGAUCGGAGAUAGAUGAAGGGUUUUCGUGUGUGUAGCGUGGGAAAUGGCGUUUUUUAUGGUGCUGCUGGGAUGGAGUUGGGGCGCGGGGUUUUGCUUAUUGCGAAAAGCGUUGGGGGGGGGUUGAGGGAAGGUGAAGGGGAAGUGGUACUUGUAUGGGAUGCG